UAAAGCCCAAGGGAGGCGAGGAGGAAGUACAACGGCAACAUUGUGCUGGUACUAUAAGAUCAAAAAGCAAAUUUAGAGAACUGCUAAUGACCAAAUAUGUGUCCAACAGUUUCAAGUUUCAAGAUGAAUCAAGUUAGCGUGAGAGUACUGGCUGUGUUGUGCUGUGUGGUCCACUCAAAGGGUUAAAGCCCAAAGUGAACUGAAUUGUAAGAAGUUGGUUUCCAAGGGAAACUGUUCGUACCGUUCCAGCUGAGGCGGACCAAACCAAAGUGGCUGACACGGAGGGGGGAGGAAUGACACGGCGACGCUGCGAGUUUAUUCCACAACACGUCGCUGAGUGGAAAUAAAUCGAACACAUACUACGUUGAUAUAUGGACUGACUUUUCAUCUGGCGAGAAAAACUUAGUAUUUUUACGGCUUGUUUUCAGCACUAAUAAGAAGCACUGUCAGCUGCGUUCACCCCUCCCUCUCAGUCGCAGUGCUGCGGUCCCUGCCAAGUCGGUUUGAAAAGAGCAGACAAAGGCUUUGAGCUCAGGACGCCCCUCUCUCUCCCUCACUCUCUCACUCUGCUCUCACAGCCAACCACACUUCUCUCUUCCUGCCUCGCUUUUUAUUUUCCACCAUGGGACUGUUGUUGUUAAGACGGCGCCGCUGAAGACUUUUAAUGUUUUUUAAACUUUCUAAUACUGACAUGUACGACCGUUUGGAUCCCCGCUCGGCCGAGAGAGAAAGGCGUUCAGCGGGCAGAAUACGAGGAAGCGUCGUUUGAGAGAGAGAAGGAGCGAGAGGGGGAAGGAUUGACGCUUUUCCUCCUCUCCUCCUCCUCCUUCCUUUCUCCCCCCUCUUCCCUCUUUUUGGCGGAGAGAAGGUUUUAAGCUGAAACAAACUGAUUUUUUUUGUUUUGUUUUCGGAUCUCUUUAUAAAUGCAUUUGAACAUUACUGCGCAACCAAACCGGAUCACGUGGGAUUGGUGAGAGUUGGAUCAAUUUCUGCACAGUUCAAUCCUUGGAGGUGUGGAGUAUUGAUUCUUUAUAUGCCUGGGCUUUGAAAAACAAUGGAGACGCACAUUUCGUGCCUCUUCCCAGAAAUCUUGGCCAUGAUAUUCAGCUAUCUGGACGUGAGGGACAAAGGCAGGGUGGCCCAAGUCUGCAUCGCUUGGAGGGAUGCAUCUUACCACAAGUCAGUGUGGAGGGGGGUGGAGGCAAAGCUGCACCUCCGCCGGGCAAACCCUUCCUUGUUUCCCAGCCUCCAGGCCAGGGGCAUCCGGAGGGUCCAGAUCCUGUCUCUUCGCCGCAGCCUGAGCUAUGUGAUCCAGGGAAUGCCCAACAUCGAGUCCCUAAACUUGUCCGGCUGCUACAACCUCACAGAUAAUGGACUGGGUCAUGCGUUCGUACAGGAGAUCCCAUCGCUGAAGGUAUUGAACCUGAGUCUCUGCAAACAGAUCACAGACUCUAGUUUGGGAAGGAUAGCCCAGUACCUAAAGAACCUGGAGGUGCUGGAGCUUGGGGGCUGCAGCAACAUCACCAACACGGGGCUUCUACUGAUUGCCUGGGGCCUGCACAGGCUCAAGAGUCUCAACCUGAGGUCCUGCAGGCACGUCUCGGACGUGGGGAUUGGACAUUUGGCGGGCAUGACCCGCAGUGCAGCAGAGGGCUGCUUGAACCUGGAGUACUUGACUCUCCAGGACUGUCAGAAGCUGACGGACCUGUCACUCAAACAUAUUUCCAAGGGGCUGACCAAACUCCGGGUACUGAACCUGAGCUUCUGUGGCGGGAUCUCAGAUGCAGGGAUGAUCCACCUUUCCCACAUGACCUCACUGUGGAGCCUCAACCUGCGCUCUUGUGACAACAUCAGCGACACGGGAACCAUGCACCUCGCCAUGGGCACACUGAGACUAUCUGGUCUUGACGUCUCCUUCUGUGACAAGAUCGGGGACCAGACUCUGGCGUACAUUGCCCAGGGGCUGUACCAGCUGAAGUCGCUGUCCCUGUGCUCGUGUCACAUCUCUGAUGACGGGAUAAACCGGAUGGUGAGGCAGAUGCACGAGCUAAGGACCCUGAACAUCGGACAGUGUGUGAGAAUAACAGACAAAGGGUUGGAGCUCAUAGCUGACCACCUGACCCAGCUGGCGGGCAUUGACCUGUAUGGAUGUACCAAGAUCACCAAGAGGGGACUGGAGCGGAUCACGCAGCUCCCCUGCCUUAAAGUGUUGAACCUGGGACUGUGGCAGAUGACUGAAAGUGAGAAAGUGAGGUGAUUGGAAAUUUAGUAUUGUGUGUGUGCGUGUGCGUGUGUUUUUCCAUUUUAUUUCCGUUUGAAUGGGGAAAGACGGGGGACAUGAGCAGGGAAAGCAGAGCUGUGACUGGAUAAGAAAAGUUGUUUUCUAAUCAAAGAGAGAGAAAACCUUCCUCUCCCUUUAUCAAUUGCGACCAGAAUUUUCUGUGCAAAUGUUUUACGUUGGAGUUCUGUGGACCUGACAGGUACUACGUUAGUUUUUCCUUAAUUUGACUUCAUUUUAAGGUAAGGGUGGGAAAGUUUUUUUUUUUUUUUUUUGUAGUUUUUUUUGUGUAAAUCCACUUCAGCAGUUUCUUUUUCACCGCAUGUGUCAAAUUCGUAGUCCUUCAUUAAUGUGAGUCAUCUGAGGUCUUAAGUGUCAAUUUCCAUGUGUAGAAAAAUCGUCACCUGCAUUUACUGACACAAAUCUUAACGUGAGGACUGCUCCAUCCAAACACACGAUGAUUGCUUUCAUUUUUAGUCAAAAUAAGGGUUUUGACAACUUGAUCUAAGGGAAAUUUAUUUUAACAGCGAGUCGGAAUUUGAGACAUUUAACGAAUAAUCUCUCCGCUACAGCCAUCACGCCUAUUAAAAAACAAAAAAAAGAAACAUUUGGCUACCUCUUACGUGGUUGUUUUCAAAGGGUGUAUACUGUUAAGAAAAAAAUAGAAGGAAGGAGGAGGAAAGCGAGCAUGAGAGACUGGGAGAAAAUGUGCCUAAAGGGACCGAGUCUGCCCCCUCCCCCAUCCCCCUCAUCUCCCUCCAUCCCUCCCUCCUCCAUGAGCAGAGCUGGAGAAAGGAGACCAGGACACCAUCUAACUACCUUUGUUAAUUUACCCCCGUAAACAGCAACAAAUUCCCAGGCAAAGACAGAGAGGGAAUAAAAGCAGGCUGUAAAAUGUAUUCCAGCAACAACAGAACAACGCUUUAUGCAAAAAAAAAAAAAAAAU